AUGACUGCGGAGGUGCUCGCAUCCGUCCAGGCGGACCUUGAGUCCAAGAUCUCAGGCGCCGAGGAGAAGAUCGCAUCUGGAGAUGCAGAGAAGACCAAGCGAGAGGCUGCUGUGGAGGAGACCAAGAAGGCCGUUGAAGAGAAAGCCGCCGUCAUGGAGACGACCAAGAAGGAGGCCGAGGUGGCCGCAGAGGAGCUCAGCGCCGCUGAAAAGGCCCACAAGACGGCCGAACAGGAGCAGAAGGCUGGUGACACGAAGCUUGUCCAGGCUGAGACGAAGAAGGAAAAGCUGGAGACGGUGAUGACAUCGGUCUUCGUCCCGUGCAAGGAUGGCACCGUGGAGGCUGGCUCCAAGUCCAAGGCCAUCCAGGAGAUCACCAAGCUCGGUCGAGCCGAAGGCUUCGACACCGCCCUGCUGACUUCGCUGCCGUCCGCCCUGGACAAGGAGCCGGCCGCUCGUGGCACCUUUGACCACGUGGUGGUCAAGCAGGUGGAGGAUGAGUUGCAGAAAAGGCUCGCUGAGCUGACCGAGACCCUUGCAGCAGGUGCGCCCGAGCGCGAGGCGCGUGCGCAGAAGGUGUCCAUUGCAGCCGCGCAGAAAGAGGCGGCGAAGGUCAAGGACGCGGCCACGAAAGAGGCAGCCAAGGCUGCAGUGGAGGCGCAGAAGGCAGCAGUGGCCGCCGAAAAGGCGGCGGCCAAAGCUCUCAAGGCCCUUGGUCCGGAGAUGAAGGCCACAGCAGCGGAGCUCAAGAGCAACAAGGAGAGCUUGGAGGACUUCAAGACAGGA